GUCCAUGGAGAAGGGAAGCAACUUCACUCCUUUUUGACAAUUACAUACUUUUUCCUCAUAUGUAGCAGUACCUUUUAGUCAUUAUUAUGACUCAGUGAUUAGUCGUGGUCAUCGCUUAUUUGAACUUGAUUUUUAAUAUAUGGAGGAGGAGAUGAAAGGGGCUUGUCCAACUCGACUUCAAUUAUGGGGACAGACACCUGCCGUGAUCAGGCGCGGCUAACGCGCUAACAUUAGCAGUCAGAGGGAGUUCAAAAGUACAAACCAGCUCGACAGGACGACAUGGAGUGGUGACAAGACACAGGAAACCUGGAUUAUAAAACUUGUUGGGAAUAUCAUCGUAUUCAAACGGAGAUAUAUUAACCUUACGUGUGCUGAUGUAACUAGUUUAGGUGGGAGCUGCUCUAUUUGGGAUCAUGUCUGUGACUGAACUGUACUCUAGGUACACCCGGGUUUGGAUCCCUGACCCAGAAGAGGUUUGGAAGUCAGCUGAAAUCAUCAAGGAUUAUAAGGAGGGAGACAAAGUGCUUCAUCUCAAAUUAGAAGAUGAAUCGACGUUAGAAUAUUCAAUUGGUCCCAAAGACAAUGCACUUCCAUUUCUUCGGAAUCCUGAUAUUCUGGUGGGAGAGAAUGACCUCACGGCUCUCAGCUACCUCCACGAGCCUGCUGUGCUCCACAACCUCAAGGUCCGCUUCCUCGAGUCCAAUCACAUUUACACCUACUGCGGAAUCGUUCUGGUGGCCAUCAACCCAUACGAGCAGCUGCAGAUCUAUGGAGAAGAAGUCAUCAAUGCAUACACCGGCCAGAACAUGGGGGACAUGGACCCUCAUAUAUUUGCUGUGGCAGAGGAAGCGUACAAACAGAUGGCCAGAGAUGAAAAGAACCAGUCGAUAAUUGUGAGUGGCGAGUCUGGAGCCGGUAAAACAGUUUCUGCAAAGUACGCCAUGCGCUUCUUCGCCACAGUGGGAGGUUCAGCGAAUGACACCAACGUCGAAGAGAAAGUACUGGCCUCCAGCCCCAUCAUGGAGGCUAUUGGAAAUGCAAAAACCACCCGCAAUGACAACAGCAGCCGCUUCGGGAAAUAUAUCCAGAUCGGCUUCGAUAGGAGAUAUCACAUCAUCGGUGCCAACAUGCGAACGUAUCUGCUUGAGAAGUCCAGAGUAGUAUUUCAGGCUGAGGAAGAGAGGAACUAUCACAUCUUCUACCAGCUCUGUGCUUCAUCCUCUCUGCCAGAGUUUAAAGAUCUAACCUUGACCAGCGCAGAGGACUUUACCUACACGUCUCUCGGUGAGAACAUUUUCAUUGAAGGGGUGAACGACGCUGAGGACCUUGUGAAGACAAGAGAGGCUCUUACAAUGCUUGGUGUGAAAGAGAUCCAUCAAAUGAGCAUCUUUAAAGUAAUUGCCUCCAUCUUGCACCUGGGGAACGUGGGGAUUGUGUCAGAGAGAGAUGGAGAAUCCUGCCAUAUCAACAGGGAUGGCACACAUUUACAUCAUUUCUGUCGGCUGCUGGGUAUAGAGCAGGAGCAGAUGGAGCACUGGCUGUGCCGCAGGAAGCUGGUGACCACUGCCGAGACCUAUGUGAAGAACAUGUCGCAUGCCCAGGCGGUCAACGCCCGAGACGCCCUGGCCAAACACAUUUACGCCCAUCUCUUUGACUGGAUCGUGGAGCACAUCAAUAAGGCCUUGCACACGUCCACCAAACAGCACUCCUUCAUUGGGGUGCUGGAUAUCUAUGGAUUUGAAACCUUCGAGAUCAACAGCUUUGAGCAGUUCUGUAUUAACUACGCCAAUGAGAAACUACAGCAACAGUUCAACUCGCAUGUGUUUAAACUGGAGCAAGAAGAGUAUAUGAAGGAGCAGAUCCCCUGGACGCUUAUAGAUUUCUAUGAUAACCAGCCGUGCAUUGACCUCAUUGAAGCCAAGCUUGGUAUUCUGGACCUUCUUGAUGAAGAGUGUAAGGUGCCUAAAGGAACGGAUCAAAACUGGGCGCAGAAGCUGUACAGCCAGCAUUCAAACAGCGGGCAUUUCGAAAAGCCCAGGAUGUCCAACAGGUCUUUCAUUGUGGUCCACUUUGCAGAUAAGGUUGAAUAUCAGUGUGACGGCUUCCUGGAGAAGAACAGAGACACUGUUUAUGAGGAGCAGAUAAACAUCCUCAAGGCCAGUCAGAUCAACGUCCGGGCUGCCAAACCAGUUCCAAAAGGCCACAACCGAGAGCACAGGAAAACUGUGGGCACCCAGUUCAGGAACUCGCUACAUCUUCUGAUGGAAACACUGAAUGCUACCACCCCUCAUUAUGUGCGCUGCAUUAAACCCAAUGAUUUUAAGGAAUCCUUUGUGUUUGAUUCUAGAAGAGCUGUUCAGCAACUGCGAGCAUGUGGAGUUCUGGAGACCAUCCGCAUCAGUGCCGCCGGCUAUCCAUCCAGGUGGACCUAUCCAGAUUUCUUCAGCAGAUAUCGGGUGCUCAUGACAAAGAAGGACAUGACCAUUGGGGAUAAGAAGCAGGUCUGUAAGAACCUGCUGGAGACCUUGAUAAAGGACCCAGAUAAGUUCCAGUUUGGAAAGACGAAGAUUUUCUUCAGGGCAGGUCAGGUGGCCUAUCUGGAGAAGCUCCGAGCUGAUAAGUUCCGCUUCGCCUGCAUUAAUAUCCAGAAGACCGUGCGAGGAUGGCUCCAGAGAAUUCGGUACCGCAAGAUCCGCAAGUCUGCUAUCACUCUGCAGAGAUACGGCCGGGGUUACUUGGCACGCAGAUUUGCAGAGAUGCUUCGCCUGACCCGAGCAGCACUUAUUUGUCAAAAGCAGUACCGGAUGGUACGAGUUCGACGGGAGUAUCUGAGGACCCGUCGGGCUGUGAUCACCAUUCAAGCGUUCGCCCGGGGCAUGUUCAUACGCAGGUUAUAUCAGGAGUUCCUGCUCCAUCACAAAGCCAUGAUCAUUCAGAAGACCGUCCGUGGUUGGCUUGUGAGAAAGAAGUAUCUCCGUGCCAGAUAUGCUGCCAUUGUCAUCCAGUGUUUCUACCGCCGUGUACGUGCCAAGCGCCAACUCAAACAGCUCAAGAUAGCAGCCCGUUCGGCCGAACACUUUAAAAACCUCAAUGUCGGAAUGGAGAACAAGAUCGUGCAGCUCCAGAAGAAGAUGGAUAACCAGUCAAAAGAGUAUAAAACUCAGAAUGAGCAGCUGGUUGUUACUAACACUACUCUGGGAUCAGAGGUCACCAAGCUCCAGAAAGAAGUGGAGACACUUCGUAGUCGGCAGACUGCUGGCACUCAGGUGACAUCACUGCAGGAAGAGCUUGAGAAGUUGAGGGCGGAGCUCCAGGAAGCCCACGCCCAGAGGAAGCAGAUAGAGGAGGAGUUCAGCAGCGAGAAACAAGGACUCGAACAGAGGGUGGAGGAGCUGGAGAAAGAGAACAAGCUCUUGAAGAAGGAGAAAGAAGAGAUGAACCGCAGAAUCCAGACCUCCAGUCAGGGUCAGGCAGGCGAUGUGUCUCAGAAAGAGAUCCGUCUGCAGGUUGAACUGGAUGAGGAGAGACAACGAUAUCAGAAUCUGGUGAAAGAAUAUUCCAGACUGGAGCAGAGAUACGAAAAUCUGCAGGAGGACAUGUCCUCCAUGAAGUUCCAUCCCGGCCACCGGAGGAACCCCUCUAACCAGAGCAGUCUGGGCUCGGACUCCAACUACCCCUCCAUCAGUAUGUCAGAGGUGGGAGACACUGAUGACACCAUCCAGCAGGUGGAGGAGAUGGGCAUAGAGAAGGCUGCCAUGGACCUCAGUGUAUUCAUGAAGUUACAGAAGCGUGUGCGAGAGCUGGAGCAGGAAAGAAAGAGGCUGCAGACCAAUCUAGAGAAAGUAGAGGAACUGAGCACACGCAAGGGAAAUGAGCCCAUGAUCUCCACGUCAGAAGACGAUAUAAACGCAGACCUGGCCUACAACAGUCUGAAGCGGCAAGAGCUCGAGACUGAGAACAAGAAGUUGAAGAAUGACCUGAACGAGUUGAGGAAAGCGGUGGCCGACAGGGCCUCCGAUAACAACUCAUCCAAUGAGCUUCAAGAGGGCUACAACCUGCUGCUGAAUCAGCUCAAAGCGGCCAAUGAGGAGCUGGAUGUGCGCAAGGAGGAGGUCCUUAUGCUUAAGACCCAAAUCGUGAACUCCACAAGGCAGUCAGAGAACAUAAACCACAUUGAUUCCAAUGAUGUAUCAGAAUGGACCAACAUCAAGAAGCCCUUGGACUCAGAGGACACUGGUGAUGCGCCUGAUUUAAAGAAUAAAGCUCAAGACUGGGGUUAUUUGAAUGAAGAUGGGGAACUUGGCCUGGCCUACCAGGGUCUAAAGCAAGUUGCCAGGCUGCUGGAGGCCCAGCUGCAGACACAGUCUCGACAGCACAAGGAUGAGUUAGAGGCUCUCCACACGCAAAUCGAACUGCUGAAGGACAGUCUGGAGAAGAAACAGGAAAUGCUGGACCACUUCUCCACACUUUCUCCUGAUGCUCUGGUGGAGUUCAGCGUGCAACAGGAGAUCACACGCCUCACUAACGAAAACCUGGAUCUGAAGGAACUUGUUGAGAAGUUGGAGAAGAAUGAGAAGAAGUUGAAGAAGCAGUUGAGGAUCUAUAUGAAGAAAGUGCAAGAGCUGGAAGUGUCUCAGGCCACAAAGAGCAGACCAGAGCUGACUCGUCAGGUCACCGUACAGAGGAAAGAAAAGGACUUUGAAGGCAUGCUGGAGUACUACAAAGAAGAUGAGGUCUUGCUGGUCAAGACUUUAAUUACAGAGAUGAAGCCCAAUGCGGUGUCGGCCACAGUCCCCUGCCUCCCUGCUUACAUCCUCUUCAUGUGUAUCCGUCAUGCCGACUACAUCAACGACGACCAAAAAGUUCAUUCACUCCUUACCACAACCAUCAAUGCCAUCAAAAAGGUCCUGAAGAGAAACAACGAUGACUUUGAGAUGACCUCCUUCUGGCUGGCAAAUGCCAGUCGACUUCUGCACUGUCUGAAGCAGUACAGCGGGGAUGAGGCGUUCAUGACACAGAACACUGUCAAGCAGAACGAGCACUGCCUGAAGAACUUUGACCUGGCUGAGUAUCGGCAGGUUCUGAGUGACCUCUCCAUCCAGGUCUAUCAGCAGCUCGUCAGAGUAGCAGAAGGCAUCAUGCAACCCAUGAUUGUUUCUGCCAUGCUUGAGAGCGAGAGCAUCCCCAGCCUGGCCGGAGUGAAGCCCAUGGGCUACAGGAACCGCUCCUCUAGUUUGGACUGUGAGAGCGGAGGUCCAGCGGGCUACACGCUACAGGCCUUGAUCAGGCAGCUGGGACAGUUUUACACCGUCAUGGCGGACCACGGCCUGGACCCUGAGAUCAGCCAGCAGGUGGUUCGCCAGCUCUUCUAUUCCAUCAAUGCAGUGACCCUCAACAACCUGCUGCUGCGCAAGGAUGUCUGCUCUUGGAGUACCGGCGUGCAGCUCAGGUACAACAUCAGUCAGUUGGAGGAAUGGCUGAGAGGAAAGAAUCUGCACCAGAGUGGAGCCGUAGCCACCAUGGAACCUGUUAUCCAGGCCGCCCAGCUGCUGCAGGUGAAGAAGAAGACCUCCCAAGAUGCAGAGGCCAUUUGCUCGCUCUGUACCGCCCUCAGCUUACAGCAGAUUGUGAAGAUCCUCAACUUGUACACGCCACUCAAUGAGUUUGAGGAACGAGUCGCUGUGUCUUUCAUAAGAGACAUACAGAAUCGUCUCCAAGAUCGAAUAGAAAACAACCAACUGCUGGUAGACACUAAAUACACCUUCCCUGUGCUCUUCCCUUACACUCCAUCAGCGCUCAGUCUGGAAACCGUACACAUCCCGGCCUCCCUCAGCCUGCACUUCCUCACACGGGUCUGACAUCUCAAAUCUCUCUGUCUCGCUCUGAGCGGCCUGCAGCGGCCCAUCGCAGAUCUGCUAACCCACAUACUAACAACACCACACGUGUGGGAUUCACAGUAUCGACAUUUAACAAGACGGACAAUCUCCCUGACCGACUAACUGUGGUGUUGAGACGGUUUCAAUAAGGGGGGAAAUGAGUCUAAAUGAUGCAGGUGUAAAUGUGUUGUCAGCCUUUUGACUUUCCUUCUAUAACACUCAACCAGUUCUCUCUGGGCUCCCAUUUUAUACAAGCAAGGCUAUUGAAAUAUGAAGUUUAAACACUAUAUUUGGAUUGGGAUGUGUUUGUCUUUGACUAAUUCUUAUGAUUAAACAAGUGUAAUCUAAAUUAAAGUAAGAGGGUUUUGGGCUACUGACAUGAAACACUAAUGCGAGAUGUAUGUGUCCGUAUUCAUGUAUCUGUAUUAGUGUGCACUGAUUUCUUUGUGUUUGUAAUGGAAAAGUGUCUUUUAUUUCCCUUGCUUGUGCUGGAGCACAGUCUCAUCUCAGAAACAUGGGCUCCCACUGAAGCAACGCCACAAUCUCGCUUUUUUUUUUCUAGGUGAACUUUUAAAAUCGGCUGCCAAGAUUCAUUCCCACAACCUCUAGAAAAAGAAGCAGGAAAUCUCUGCAUUGCAGUGGCUGUUGCCAGUGGAUCGGACUCUCCGAACAGAGGCUUUUUAAGCUUUUUUUCUCCCCAUGUGUUGAAGAAACUUGGGACCCUGAAUCACAGGGCCAGCAAAUGUGGCCGAUCGUGAAAGUGACCAUGACAAGUUGAAGUAUGUGGAGCAGAGGGAACGAGGAUGAUGAGAGGAGUUUGAGCUGGGAUAUUUAAUAUUCUGUUGAAAUAAAUAAUCUUGUGAUUGUUUGUUGGUGGAAUCUAGAAUGUGCUGGAAGGCAUGUGCAAGUAUGAUGAAUAAAUGUAUCUAAAGAGGCGUCAUAUACACUGGGAUGAGUUUUAUGGUGUACAGAAAUACAUUCUCAAAGCUACCAGGUUACUAUUUCAUGAAAGCAAUUAUCACAAUUUACUUUAUACUUUACACAGCUCUGUAGAUGAUUAUGUGUAAUCAAAUAGCAAUAACUACGCAUUGUUUAC